AUGGCGAACCUAUACUUCUCUCACUCGAGCGCGCCGAUAAAGACGGUAGAGGAGAUCCAGUUUGGCAUCCUGGCUCCUGAAGAGAUCAAGAACAUGAGCGUGUGCCACAUCAUCUACCCUGAGACCAUGGACGAGUUGCGCAUCAAGCCUCGCGACGGAGGAUUGAACGAUCCCCUUCUCGGAUCCAUCGAUAGACAAUUCAGGUGCAAAACAUGCACCCAGGCGAUGGGAGAGUGUCCAGGCCAUUUCGGCCACAUCGAGUUGGCGAAGCCCGUUUUCCACCCAGGCUUCCUCAAAAAGGUCAAGAAGAUUCUUGAGAUGGUUUGCCACAACUGCAGUAAAGUGAAGGUGGAUAGGACCGACGCGGACUUUGCGCGUGCAGUCCGAAUUCGAGAACCCAAGGCGCGUUUCCAGAAGGUUUGGGAACUCUGCAAGAAGAAGAACAUCUGCGACAACGAGCCCCGCGAACGGAUGGAUCCCGGUGUAGAUGGUGGACAGCAGAAGGUCAUCAUCAACCACGGCGGCUGCGGCAACAUUUGCCCCGAAGUUCGCCAGCAGGGGCUCAGCAUUCUUCUCAAAGGUGGCAUGGCCGAUCAAGAAGGUGCUCCUUCUUCCAAAAAGAAGGAUAUGGUGCCCAUUUCUCCCGAACAGGUGUUAAACAUCUUCCGCCGCAUCUCAGAUGAUGACAUGAGGGACAUGGGUCUGAAUGCAGACUAUGCUCGCCCUGAAUGGAUGAUCGUCACUGUCUUGGCAGUUCCACCCCCUCCCGUCCGACCCAGUGUCUCCAUGGACGGUACUGGCACCGGCAUGCGAAACGAGGAUGAUUUGACUUACAAGCUGAGUGACAUUAUUCGAGCGAACGGCAAUGUAAAGCAGGCUAUCCGGGAGGGCUCUCCAAACCACAUUCUUCGCGACUUUGAGCAGCUUUUGCAAUACCACGUUGCCACGUAUAUGGAUAACGACAUCGCAGGCUUGCCCCGCGCCCUGCAAAAGAGCGGCCGACCCGUCAAGGCCAUUAGAUCGCGUCUAAAGGGAAAGGAGGGUCGUUUGAGGGGAAACCUCAUGGGAAAACGUGUGGACUUCUCAGCUCGUACCGUCAUCACCGGAGAUGCCAACUUGUCGCUCGACGAAGUCGGUGUUCCUCGCUCGAUCGCGCGUACACUCACGUACCCCGAGACUGUCACCCCUUACAACAUUGGCAAGCUUCACCGCCUCGUACAAAAUGGUCCGAACGAGUAUCCCGGCGCCCGAUAUGUUAUUCGCGCUGACGACGUCGGCGUUACCCGAAUCGAUCUGCGACAUCACCGUCGCGCGGGACAGAUUACUCUCGAGUACGGCUGGAAGGUCGAACGCCACCUCAUGGAUGGCGAUUAUAUCAUCUUCAACCGUCAGCCGUCUCUGCACAAGGAGUCGAUGAUGGGUCAUCGAGUUCGCGUCAUGCCCUACUCGACAUUCCGACUGAAUCUCUCUGUCACGUCACCUUACAACGCCGAUUUCGAUGGUGACGAGAUGAAUUUGCACGUCCCCCAAAGCGAAGAAACUCGCGCCGAAGUUAGGGAACUUUGCAUGGUGCCUCUGAACAUCGUCUCGCCGCAGCGAAACGGUCCGCUCAUGGGUAUUGUUCAGGAUUCACUGGCUGGUAUCUACAAGCUUUGCCGUCGUGAUACCUUCUUAAACAAGGAGCAGGUGAUGAACGUCAUGCUCUGGGUGCCUAAAUGGGACGGCAUCAUCCCGACCCCUGCGAUCCACAAGCCGAUCCCGCUAUGGACUGGCAAGCAAAUCAUCAGCAUGGUCAUCCCGCCCACCAUUAGCUUGUUCAAUCCUAGUGAGAGCCGAGAGGAUGCGCCGCUGAAGGAUGAGGGUCUCCUCAUCCAAGGUGGAAGGCUUAUUUACGGUCUUCUCUCGAAGAAGAGCGUAGGUGCCGCUGGCGGUGGUAUCGUGCACUUGGCCUACAAUGAGCUUGGUCCGGAGGGUGCCAUGGCGUUCCUUAAUGGGGUUCAGUCCGUGGUCAACUAUUGGUUCUUGCAUGUCGGCCAUUCUAUUGGAAUUGGCGACACGAUUCCAGAUAAGGCGACCAGUGAAAAGGUGCAGAUUCAUAUCGAUGAGCGCAAGGCGGAAGUCGCAGCGCUCACUGCCCAGGCAACGGCAAACCAGCUCGAGGCUUUGCCUGGUAUGAACAUCAGAGAGACCUUUGAAAACAAGGUCUCCAUUGCCUUGAACAAGGCUCGUGAUGAUGCCGGUACCACCACCCAGAAGAGUUUGCGCGAUAUGAACAACGCGGUUCUCAUGGCCUCAUCGGGUUCUAAAGGUUCGUCCAUCAACAUUUCCCAAAUGACGGCGCUCGUCGGCCAGCAGAUUGUCGAAGGAAAGCGUAUUCCUUUCGGAUUCAAGUACCGAACGCUGCCCCAUUUCACCAAGGAUGAUUACUCCCCCGAGGCACGUGGGUUCGUCGAGAACUCUUACCUCCGUGGUCUUACGCCAACUGAGUUCUUCUUCCACGCCAUGGCUGGUAGAGAAGGUCUCAUCGAUACUGCAGUUAAGACGGCCGAGACGGGCUACAUCCAACGUCGUCUCGUGAAAGCGCUUGAAGACGUUAGCGUGAAGUAUGACGGGACCGUCCGCAACUCUCUUGGUGACAUCGUUCAGUUCCUCUACGGAGAGGAUGGCCUCGACGCUCUAUGCAUCGAAAAGCAGCGUAUGGAUCAUCUCAGCAUGUCCAACGCCGACUUUGAAUCGCGCUAUCGUCUAGACGUCAUGGCCAACAAGCGGCCUGCUGCCCUGGAUGCUUUGGAGUAUGGCAAUGAGAUCGUUGGCGACCCUGCCGUCCAGCAAUUGCUGGACGAGGAAUAUGACGCCCUCUGGUCUGAUCGAAACAACGUCCGUGAGAUCAACGCCAAGAAGAAGGGUGACGAGAUGAUGCAGCUUCCUCUCAACGUCAUUCGAAUCAUUGAUUCGGCUAGGAGGCUGUUUGGCGUUGAUGGUAGCCAGCGCAGCGACCUCCGCCCUCAAGACGUCAUACCCGCGGUGCAGGCGAUGCUCGAUCGCAUGACUAUUGUCACUGGCAAUGACCCUAUCUCUCAUGAAGCCAACAAGAACGCCAUGAUUCUCUUCAAGGCACAGCUUCGUUCCCGCCUGGCUUUCAAGCGUAUCGCUGUUGGCCAGCGUCUCAACAGGCUCGCCUUCGAGCACGUUCUUGGUGAGCUGCAGGGCCGUUGGGACAAGGCAUUCGUGAACCCUGGCGAAAUGGUUGGUGUUUUGGCAGCCCAGUCCAUUGGUGAGCCUGCCACUCAGAUGACGCUCAACACGUUCCAUUUUGCUGGUGUAUCGUCCAAGAACGUUACAUUGGGUGUUCCACGUCUGAAGGAAAUUCUCAACCUCGCCACAAACAUCAAGACGCCUUCAAUGGUCGUAUAUCUCGAGGGACGAAACGCCACUCAGGAGGCGGCGAAGGCUCUUCGAAAUGCCGUCGAGUAUACGACUCUGCGAUCAGUCACCGCGUUCACAGAAAUCUACUAUGACCCCGAUAUCAUGUCGACUACCAUCCCUGAGGAUAUGGACAUGCUCGAAUCAUACUGGCUGACUGAUGACACGAUGCGCCAUACGAUUGAUGACCAAUCUCGUUGGCUCCUUCGUAUCGUGCUUGAUCGGCAGAAGAUGUUGGAUAAGGGUUUGGACAUUGAGGAUGUCGCUGCCCGAAUCCGACAAGACUACCCCUCCGAUCUUGCAGUCAUUUCCAGUGAUAACAAUGCCGACGAGCAGGUAAUCCGCAUUCGAACAAUAUCGAGCAAUGACAAAGAUGAAGACUCGGGUGUUAUUGAGGACGACGUAAUGUUGAAGCGUUUCGAGAGCCAUCUUCUCGACACGCUCACCUUGCGCGGCGUGCCGGGCAUUGAGCGAGCUUUCUUGACGAAGGGUGACAAGCUCAUCGAGACUGAUGACGGAUCCCUUUUGGCUGGCAAGACGGACCCUCGCUGCGAGGAGUGGUAUCUCGAUACCUCCGGCAGUGCGCUCCGCGAGGUCCUCACAAUUUCCGGUGUUGAUACGGCCCGAACCUAUACCAACAACGUUUGGCAGAUCCUCGAAGUAUUUGGCAUCGAGGCAGCCCGUGCUGCCAUUGUGCGCGAGCUUACGCAAGUGUUAGCCUUUGGUGGUUCCUACGUCAACCAUCGACAUAUCGCCCUUCUCGUCGAUGUCAUGAGUUAUCGUGGUUCCAUCUCGGCCGUCACUCGUCACGGAAUCAACCGAGCCGACACUGGUGCGCUUAUGAGGUGUUCCUUUGAGGAAACGGUUGAAAUUCUCUUGGAGGCGGCGUCCAGUGGAGAGCUCGACGAUUGCCGAGGAAUCUCGGAGAACGUUAUGCUGGGACAGAUGGCGCCUAUGGGCACAGGCAACUUUGAGGUGUUCCUUGAUCCCAAGAUGCUUGAUACCGUCAUUUCUGAUCACGCACGCAUGGGUCUCAUGCCUGGAAUGCCGGUCAAGGGCGGCCCGACAGAGGGUGCUGCUACGCCAUACGACAGCGGAUCUCCAAUGGCGGAUUCCGGCUACGUGUCUCUUGGACCCGGUACCCCCGAUGCCGGCAACUUCUCUCCCAUUGUGGGAGCAGGAAGCGAGUCCCCAGCUGGCUUCCAGACGUCUUACGGUGCAGACGGCUAUGGUUCUGGCAGCUUCAGCCCCUACUCUCGUGGAGGCGCCACGAGCCCAUUCAGUACAUCCCCCACCUCACCAAUGGGCGGAUAUGGUGGAUACUCACCGACGUCACCUGCUGGAUACUCGCCGACUUCGCCGUUACUGGAUAGCUCUGGCGGACGCUUCGCCACCUCUCCUUCGUUCAGCCCUUCUUCGCCUUCAUUCUCGCCCACGUCUCCCAUGCUCCAUCGGCCCACGAGCCCCAACUACAGCCCGACGUCCCCGACGUAUUCGCCAACCUCUCCCACGUCGCCCAGGCACUACUCGCCUACGUCACCCAACCAGUUCAACUCACCCACAUCUCCCAACUACUCGCCGGCCAGCCCGAACUACAGCCCGGCCUCUCCCAACCUCCACGCAGCUGGGGCAACCUCGCCCUCGUACUCACCGGCGUCGCCGAAGUGGUCUCCCACCUCGCCGCAGUCAUACUCGCCUACGAGCCCUACCUUCCAACGAAGCCCGGCUCAGCAGUCGCCGACGAGCCCCAGCUACUCCCCUACUUCACCUCAGUGGUCUCCUAGAACCCCUGGACCUCAGAAUUAA